AUGGAGGCGGCGGCCUUCUCCACGGGCUACCCAUUCCCGUUUCCAUCGGACUCGCGCGCAGCCUCACAGCGCCAGUUCAAGUCCGACACGGAGGCGUACAGCGUGUGCCAAGAGCUCGCCUACCACUUCGCCUGCGAGAAGACGCGCCGCGCCGUGCAGGAGCUUCUGCGCAAGAACAACGACACCAGCUACAGCCAAGUGCUGCGCUUCUUCGAGAAGUACUGCGCGCGCGACGAGGCGGCGGUGGCCAAUGGAUCCAAUGCUGUAUCACAGUCGCCGUCUGGGCGACGGCUGCGGGACCUCAACGCCCCAGUGUUGUUGCCUCAGUUCCACGCAUUCCCGACGGCUGCAGUAAUUGCUGGAACAGACGCCACGUCGAGCGAUCUGUGGGUGGAGCCGUUGACGCACAAGCUCCGGCGGACGUUCCCGCUCUGUGUACCGGUGCAACGCGACGUAUCCACUGCUCGGCGGUUUGUGGAGUGGCUGGCUGCUAGGAUGGCCAAGUUGUGUGAGGUGAAGAGGAGAGAGGAGAAGUGGUUGGAGGGUUUGGUGGACAAUUUCGAUCUGCUGCCUUUGGAUCAGCCGCCCUUGGGGGCGGGGAGUGUCGGUCAGAGGAUGACGAGGCAGCAGCUAGCGAAGGCGAAUGCAAGUGCAACAUCCGGGGUACAGCAGGAUGACGAAGAGAAGGACGCACACAGCGACGCAAGCUUCUUUUCAGAGUCGAGUUCGGAUGGUAGCGACAGCGAUGAUGAAGUAGCAAGAAGGGGGAAGCGAAAACGGCGGCUGCCGUCUGUGGCGUAUGGACGAUGGACAAUGUCGAAGCUGCUGACGGCAAUUCAACGUGAUAUUGAUGAACUGGUAUCGCCUAACAGUGGGGAUACUGCUCGCGAAUGGGUCUCUAUGCUUGGUGAACUGGUGCAAGCUCGGAUUCUGGAGGCGUUGGCCGUAGUGAAGGAGGUUCAAGAGAAGGAGGACGCCGUGAUUAUUCAAACUAUCGCGUGUUACGACGAAGCGGUAAUGUGGUUGCAGCGCACAAUAUCUACGUGCCAAACGACAGCGGCAAAACUGCUCAAUGUGGCACCAGAAGCGGGGCCAAAUAGUCCCACCACUGUUCAUAUCGGCAGUACGGAAAUGGCGUUGGCACGGAUGUUGCAGCGUGUGCUGUAUCAGUACGCGGAAUUUUUGGAGGACUGCACACUUGAUCGAGAGGUUGUCCGGGAACGACGGAAAACUGUCAAGCAGCGCAUCUUUAGCCAUGAGAGCGACUAUACACUCAAGCGAAAUGACGUACAAGCGGAAGUUCAAACGCCAGCACCGUCCUCUCCCUCUCCGCGGCCAUUUCUGCUGCUCUGUAUCGAGCAACUUGAAGCGUUCUCGCAGCAGGUGCUAGGUGAAUUUCUGGAGGUCUGGACGAACUUCGUCCGACACCACCAGGAAAGUCAUCAAGCGAAAUAUGUAGGCUGCACGCUGGGCUUCGUAAUCGGAGUGGCCUCUGCAACUUCACCGGCGCUCCGACGUUUGGAUCUCACGGUGACUAACCGCCUCGAGCUGCAGUUCUUCUCGCUUGUUGACUCGCGGAAGUGCUUUGACGAUGUACUGGAUGGAGAGGUAUUACGAGCUAUUGCGAGCCGUCAUCACCGCUUACCGAGCGUGCCGCGCCUCUUGUUAGCGCUGCGCUUCUUACUCUUCACACAUUUCCGGCGUUGCCCCUGGAGUUUUCUAUCGCUGGCUGUAGAUGGUCUGUCUUCUCCUGGUGUAUCCCCCAUCCUGGUAGCGGCUAAUGGGACUCCGUUACCCCACCGUGUCUCCACCUGGGUAAGGCGUCAACGCCGGCGUUUAACCCGUGAAGCACAAGGAAAGCCGAUUGAGUCCGAUUCCUCUCUGGCAUCGUGGCUUGCACCAUGCAGCGCCUUGGAGUUGGCGGACUUAGCUUCACGAGUUUUGCCAUCCGGGGCUGGUGAGGAGAAUUGGCUAACGGUGCUGGAGGAAGCUUUGCUACAUGAGCGUCAUCGACACGCUCGCUGGCGCAUGGGUUGGCAGUGCUUUCGCUCCGCUUGUACAUGGUUGGACGUGCGCAUCGAAGGAAGCUUGGAAAAUGGCCACUAUACCGGGAAGCAGGAGCAAAUGGCAGUGUUGCACUUGGCGCUAGCGCUCGAGGGUCGACUCGGCGAAGCACCACGCUUCAUGGAAGUCCUUCGACGGCUUCAGAAUUGCACUCGAUGGGCAGCGCUUUCAGUGAUGAUAGAGGACUGGCGUUCGUCAUUUCGCGCGUCUGGACUGAACGACGACGACCUCGAAACGACGUUGGGCGAGCUAGCACUGUUGUGUGCUUAUGCUCGAACUGAGAAAACUCCGCCGAAGAUGUUGGAAGCAUUACGGGAAGAGCUUGUGACGGUGUUUACCACUCGCCUCAUCACUGCGUUACUUCAUCCACCGACGCCCCGUUCAAGAUCCCCUGCAAAUGCACUGGUAGAAAAUUGGUCGGUGCUGAUGGACGCCAACGUACUGGAGGAGCGACUGCGGCUCGAAUACCACGACAACCUUCGCAACGUGCUGCAAGACGCUGGAAUCGGCGAAGAAAUCGACACCAGCAACGACGAAGACGUCAAGACUUCGUGGGUGCACGACGUGGGGCUCGCCUUCUUGUUCUACCAGGAGAGCGCGAGCGCAAGCUUGAGUCUUCGCGAGUGGUAUGAGAGUUUUGCAGCGGAGCUGAAGGAGGAGUCCAAGUCUGCAUCCAAGAGCAAGAGCAAGAAGAGGAAGGCGAAAGACGCCAGCGAGGACGCAGCCUUUAAGGCACGGUUCGUUCGAGCGGUCUGUACGCUGCGGCACUGGGGCUUCAUCAAGCACGACGCGCCUCGCGACGCCGAGCAGGACAUCAUCGAGAAGCUCGUCUUCAUCUAA